UCUUUUUACUCAUAUUUGUUAUAUACAGAAUUUUUAUAACAACAGAAGUUAAUGUAGUUACUUGAUUGUGCUAUAAUGGUAAUAUUUCGAUGGUACUGCCCCUUAAACUUUUUUUGAUAGUUAUGACAGUUGAGGGUCUUUUGAUAUGAAGGCAAUUUAAAAAUGAACUUAGUUAAUUUGAGCUCAUGUGAAGGGGUAUGUGACCUGGGGAUUGGCCAGCAAGAUAUCCCACAAUGCAUUGUGGUAAUUAAACCACUUUUUUAUUUGUCACAAAAAUUUAAGAUGCUUAAGGUGAAAAUGUACGCAGUCAGUUCAUCAAGAAUGAGCCACGUUCACAGCUCUUAUUAACUAUUUUUACAUUUCCAUACAUGAAACUGCACCAUGACUGAGCUGUACAUUAAUUUUCAUUUUGUUUUACUGAAAUAAAAGUGAGCAUAUUAUCGCUGCUCUGUAUAUUAUCUGAUAAAGUUUGAGUAGAGAAUCAAAUAAAAAGCAGGAGCUGGGAAAUGUUUCAAUCAAGUAAUUUUAUUUUUAUAUAAGUAGCUUCAAGUUAAAAUAUGUUCCUUCAGAAGGUUUUGGGGUUCAAAAUGAUUAUGAGUUACAACAUACACAGAUUUAUUGAAAAUUGCAGAAGUGAAUUCUACUUAAGCAGCUAAUUUAAUAAAAAUUACAACAUUUUGAGGCAAUGAGUUUGCAUAUAUUUCUUAAGUAAAGAGAACUAAUGAGGUUUUGCAGUGCAGCAGGAUGACAGGAGAACAAUGGCCGUGCUUAGACUCCGGGUUUCAGAUGGAAAUCAAACCUGCGGCUGAAGGAAGUCCGGUUAAAGUGUCCAGGAGCUUCAGUGGAAAGUGCUGCUCAUCUGGCUGUAAUUAAAUCAGAACCACUUGAACUCACAUCCAUCUUUAUUUUCCUCCAUGCUGCCUUGUGCAGCCGCUCGCUGGACCUCCUCCAGCUUUGUUUAAACCUCCUCUCUGACUUCCACUCACUACAUGUCCAAUUGCACAUUUUCAUAAUCAGCAUUGACUUCUCAUUUUUCCGUCAGACAUAAAAGUUUUCUUUGUCAGAAAUGUCAAACUUUUGAAUCACAUCCUUUCAAGCUCCUCAGCAUGAAUGCUCUUACAGGCAGUAAGGUAAUGGCUCCAUGGAACAUUAAUGUGAAACGUAUUCAACCUGCUUCACAGGGCGGCAAUUACAGAAAUAAGCCAAGAUUGCUUUGUUGCACCAAAGUACUAAGAGGCUACUGAACAAUAUGAGCCUGUUCGUUCUGCAGAGACUCUCGAGAAAGCAGCUUUUAAAGCCUCUGCUGUGAAAAAAUGCUUUUAAAAGACUUUUUAUUGACAUUUUCCACUGAACUCUCAAACCUUUACUGUGUUUUUCAAACUUUUGAGAGCGUGUCGGCUCUCAAAAAAUAUUCCACUCUCCAUUUACUUUUAUUAUGACAUUCAGGUAAAAACUCCCUUUUCUUUCUUCCAGGAGAAAUGGGAAAAUAUGAGCUGAAUAGCUGAUCAUCAUUUGGGGUCAAUACUUACAGUUUUACCAGAGUGUGGACAAAAUAACAGAGAGGCAGUCCAAGAUGAAAGCAAUCGUAGCGGCGGUACUUAGCGCCGUGUUCUGCACCGUUGUGUCAGCGUCUUCCAAAGUCAAAGAGGAAAGGAGGACGGCCUUCUUCGGCGAAGACGUCCACAUCGAAGUGUCGUCGUGGAGCGACCCGGAGGUCGUGUUCCGACCCAGAACCAACAGCUCCUACGAGGUGCCUCUGCUCCAGGCGGGCCGGGUGACGAACCAGAACAAGACGGAGCUCAACUCUCUGGGCCACCUGGUGCUGAAGGACGUGCAGGAGGAAGACGAGGGGCUGUACAUCAUCAGAAGCGGCAGAAAUGUCAGCAUUUCCAAAAACCUCAUCCUCAUCGUGAGGGACUGCGUUUUGGAGCAGGUUGUAAAGUAUGGAGAAACGUACAUCAUCCACCUGAGUCAAAUCAAAGGUCCGAUCACGCUGGAGUUCAGGCCCAGCCUGGUCAGAGUCAACCAGACGAUGGUCCCUCACACCUCGGAGCCCCCCCCAGUGCUCCUCUACAACCGGAGCGCCGUGUUGGGGGACGACUACGUUGGGCGCCUCAGCGUGUCGGACAGGCAGGUGAUGCUGCACUCGGUCAGGAUGACAGAUGAAGGAAGCUUCACGGUUCUGGACCGGGACGGUCACACCAAGACGAGGAGCUGCCUGAAUGUCAGAGAUCACCAGAGUUUCCUGCAUUUUGCCUACGGAGAAAACCUGAAGAUGAAGCUCUUCCUGCACUACUCCAACCUCAACGUGGUCUACAGGUCCAAACUGGACAACCAGGACCGGGUCAUCGUGAACCAGGGGGUUCUGUUGGCGCCGCUGGACCCGCAGCUGGAGGGACGGCUCACUGUGGACGGGUCGGAGCUGGUCAUGAAGAAGAUGCAACCCGCCGACUCGGGGCUCUUCAAGGUCACCGACCUGGCCAGCUUCACUGUGGCUCAUGUUUACAUAGACGUGGAAGCCUAUAAAAUGGCUCCUCUGGCUGUUGCCAUCCUGUCCAUGCUGGGCCUGAUCGCCUUCUUGCUGCUGGUGUGCCUGCUGUCCUGCCUCUAUAAAAUACAUAAAAGAAACGAGAAGAACAAGAAGCUGACGCUCAUCGCCCAGCAGGCCGGCAAGAAGGACGGGGAAGCUUUCCGACAGGUGGUCCAUGAGGCUUACAGCAGGUUCACUGAAGAGUCUCUGAUGCAGUCAGUGUGUGAUAAACCUUCAGAAACCACCGAGGUCACCAUCAAGGGUCUGGAGGUGUCCAAACCCGGCCGCUACCAGACUCUUCCCUCUGACAACUUCCUGGAAAUGAGUGACUCUGGAGUCGAGUUCAGCCACUCUGGACUCCCGCUGGACAGCGACACCGAGGCAGUGAUGACCUACGCCUCCCACAAGCCCCUCCUGAACGCCGCCUCCCCUCCAGCUGUGACGGACGGCGUCAUGAUGUCCGACAGCCUGGAAGCCACGGCGGCCAUGGACGGAGACCUGAGCGCCGUCCGAACCCCGGACUCCGUCCUCAGCGCCAGCCCCGCCUCCAACCCGCGCUCGGCCUCGGCCGCCACGCCUGACGGCAGCCUGCAAGGGGCCGCGUCCCCGGCGACGGCCUCCAGGGUCACCGCGGGGUCCGACUCGGCCAAGACAGAGGGCGGGACAGAGGGAGAAGAAGACGGUCAGAAGGAGUAAUCAGGAAGUGCCAGAGUGUUUCUGGAACCUUUUGUUAUCCGAACAUCUGAAACAUCACAGAUUAAACAGAGGAUGGACGUAGAUGUCCAUCCUCAUGGACGUAGAUGUCCAUCCUCUGGAAGUUUUUCAAACACAGAGUUUGAGAAAAUGAAAGGCUACAACCUCACUGUCUAUCAAAAGAACAAAGUAAUGUAGUGCAUAAAUUGCAUGCAGUUCCGGAAAACACAAAAGAAGAUAUCUUAGAUCAGACGUAGACGUUAGAGUAGACUACAUGCAUGCUUUAACAAAUGAAAUGCACUUAAAUCACAUCAAAUCAUCUGAAUUCCUGUCAAACCGGUUCAGUAAUGAGAAAAUGACAAACGUUUGAGGGUAGUGACAGACAGGCGGCGUGUUUCAGACAGCCUUUGAGCUGCAGCGUGUUUCCUCUGACGCCACGUUCUCAGAAAAUCACAGCAAUGAGUGAUUUCAGUCCGCUCUGUUAUUAACAGCACAAGCAUGUCAGAAAACAUCCCCUCAUCUCACAUGAAACUGCUUGUUUCAGCAUCCGCUCGCUGCGAUGAGCCACUUGAGGUGUUAUGUCUCAAAAAACAACAACAACAAAAACACAUCAUGCAAGAUGAAACCGGUUCAAGUAGACGGAGCAGCAACACCUCUCUGAAACUGCUGCUGGUUGUUUCAAAUAUUAGGUGUCAGAUCUGCAACAUUUGAAGGAUUUGUCAGAGGAAACCUGUCAAAAUGUUCCACUUUAUCUCACUCAACAGUCAAAAGUAUCAUCAUCUCUGUUUUUGUUUGCUGCUUCUAGUUAUCAUUCACUCGGUUCCAGGAAGGGAAAGAAUUCAGGGGAAACUGACUGACAUUUGUGUGACUUUCAGAGCGAAUCUCGAGAGCAUAAUUGGAUUCCAGGUCUCUUUGCAGACAGACCAAUUCAUGGACGCCGUGGAGCGCGGACCGGUAAUAAAAGAGCUGAAAGCGCCGGGAAAAGGGUAGGAUUCAGGGAACAGAUGAAUGACAUCCAUGAUUCAAAGCCUAUUUUCAUCUCGGCCCGGAAUCCGCCUCACAGAGCUCUCAUUAUUGGAGCCCAGUUGUUUGGCAAAAUGAAGUAACUGGAAAGAUAAAGUUGGAUCAGGGCGUGAUAACGACGCAGCCUUUAGCUUCAGUAAAAUGAGCGGCUGUCAGAGAGGUGUGUGUGUGGAGGAGAGAGUUUCAUUCAAUUCAGCCAAAAUCAUCAAACACUGGAGAGAAACAUGAGUCUGAGAGGCAAAACCUUCAGCUGACGGUAAAAUGAUCAACGCUCCUGUCUGUAAAAAAAAGGUUUAUAGGAUUUAAAUACAAAAAAAUACAUGGGCAUGCAUGCAUUGCUAAUAGUACUUAGCAUAAUCACUGAGCUCUACUAUUAGCUUAUUAUUUGUAAAUGGAGCCUGGAUAAGUUUGGUGAUGUCAUGCAAAGAUUUGGAUUGUUUUGGUUUGUGUUGCUCAUAGUGAUUACUGCUCUCACCGACCACAACAAUUAACAAACCCCACUGGUUCUUCACUUGUAACUAGAACGUUCUAAGCUUGGAAGAAAUAGAGUCAGAUCCAAAUUCCAACAUCUGAGGAAAAUGAAAAGCAGCCCAAGCUCUCACAGGCCUAACAACUGAGUUUGACUAAUUAGUUUCCCUUUCCUGUUGUAGAAGAAGAUAAUUCAGGUCACAGAAAACUAAUUUCCACCUCUAACUGUGAGCAGGACAUGAAACUCUGCCGAGGAAACUCGUCGCUGUGCUUCCUCUCCUCCACACGUCCAGCCUCUGAGCUCCUCUGCUUUUAGGGAAGCAUCAUGGCAGCAUCGAUCACAUCUGCUGACACACACUGGCCGCAACAAGACCUUUGGGUCCCAACAGUUUCAUUUAUUCAUCAGCGUUGCUGUUACCAUUGACAUCUGUUAGCAGUACGAUGUCAGCCUGGACAGACUGCAGGAUUCACCCCAAAGCAGCAAAACAGGCACCAAAGUUUUAUUAUUAGAAGAGAAAAGCACAAAUUUAGCAUGUGAUUCUUUUUAGAUAUGAACAAGUUUCACAUUUUUAUUGAUGAGGGUAAAAAAUAUGAAGCAGCUAUUGUAAAUAUAGUUCAGUGAUCUGCAAAAAAUGACUAGUUCUCUUCUUCUUCAGGAAAAUUCAUUAGAAUCAUUCAGCAUUGUAUGUAAAACGACUUUCAUAUCCAACUCAAAUGGGAAAAUGAUCCAUUUGAUGGGAGUUUUAUGAGGAAAUGCUUAAAACUGACAGGAGGGUGACUGGAAAGCUCCCGAAAUGGACUCUGUAGAUCUGUAAAUAUCAGCUGGAUGUAAAUGAGCUAUGAUGCAUCAAUUUGGUGGACUAAUAACAGGAUAACUACUGAAUAUUUAAUAUAAUCUAAUGCAAUAUUAAUGAUAAAGGCACGGAAGCAUCACGAACUCUCUCCUCCUGCAAGAAAACCCAGACGUAGCACAUCAGAACACAACUCUACUGUUAGUCGUCUGUUUCCACUGUAAAUAUAGAAAUCUGUGAUCUGCAUGUGGAUAAUCUCAGAAUACUCACACCUUUCUUACUACGAGGCUUAUGCAAGAUUUUUUACCACAUUGAUCCUUGAACCACAUAUCCACAGUAGGUAGGAAACUUUGCCUUCAGCUGGGAGGUCUGUCAUGUUUACAUGUUGAAAUCCUUUCAUCAAGUUGGCCUGGGCAGGAGGCGAGCUGUCUGCGGCUGCAGGGCCUGUUCACACAUCGCAGGUGCUGAUGGUUUGAGCAGGAACCGUUCAGGCUCUGCCUCAAACGCAAAACCUGACAAACAAAAUCUGGAAGCUGAAGCACAAAGCCAGUGUUUGGGAAAAAGAACACUUUCACAGCAUCUGUUGGGAUUUUACCUCAAAAUGUCAAUUAGAUAAAGUAAGAAAACUUUAUAGGAUCUCAUAUGUUUUAGAGGAUAAUGUUGUUUUUAACUUCCUUCUGUUAUUAUUAGUAAAGAGUUGAUCUCGUCUUGUUAACACACACAAAUUGAAACACCCAGGAUUAUAUUUCCUCAUAUUUGGAGAUUAGUUAUUUCUCCUUAUUUGUUUUUUUUUACUAUUAAAAUCUUGCUGAAUGAACCCAACAAACCCCAACAAAUACAUUUUAUACCCCUAAAAGUAAACCACUGAACAAAUCUGAGAUUUUUAAUCAUAAAAUUAUGUCCCACUAUAGAAAUGUAGUUUGUCACAUGUCAACGUUAAUAACCACUCCUCAAACAUACAGAAUAAAACAUUUCUAAGGUUCAUCUUCAGCAGUGGAGAUGCAGGAUUUCAUGUCCAGGUUUUAGUUGAUCAUCUGUGCCGGUCUGCAGGAUUCCUCUGGAUCCCUCAGGCCCACUGCAGGCGGCAAACGAUUUUUUCAACCACGCCGACUGUGCAUGAGCAUAUGGCGGCUUGUGGCUGCUGCAGACUGAAACAUAUAGUAUGAACCAAGAUGGAGUUUUUCUAAUGUGGAUCUGAAAAGGACUACACUUACAAACUGGAGGACAUUGAUUUUUAUUCUUUAUAUUUAAAGAGUAAAAAUAUUUAAAGAUAAGAAUACAUUUUUUUAUAUUUAUUUAUUUAUUUUUAUUUUUUUAAUUAGAUGACAUUUUACCACUAGAGGGAGCUCUCAGAAAGUCAUGAGUUACAAAUGAUCUGUAAAAACUGUUCUAACAUCUGAAUGGACUAAUUCUGUGUUGAAUAACUCUGCAUAGAUCAGGCACAACAUUAUGACCACUGACAGCUGAUGUAAAUAACACUCAUCAUCUCUUCAUCAUGGCUCCUGCUGCUGGUUUGGACACAUUAGGCUCCAAGUGGAGGCAGAAAAAUGGACAAGCGUUAGGAUUUAAGUUUUGCAAGAACUAAAAAAUUAUGUAAAGACAUUCUGGGUUGUUUUGGUGGUACAGUAUUAUUAAACAUUGGUCUAAUGAAUAAUUUGUGGUAAACUGGCGGCAGGGUAACAGCUACAGUCACUGAUGCAGACUGGUGCAGAAGGCUGGAAGCUAUCCGACAGGAAGCUGAAGGAGGUUAACGUGACAUCUGUGAGAUGUGCUGGACAAACACGUCUAAUCCACGAAGCUUCCAUGAUCCAGAGGCUCUGCUGCAUCCUGGUGCCAGAUACCACAACACGUUCAGAGGCUCAGCAGGGACCAAUGAAGCAGGAGGUCAUAAUGUUAUGACUGAUGUUGAUUGUUUUAGUCCUGGGAGAUUCUCCUUUUCUGUAGGUGACAUUUUAACAGUUUACUUCUUUAUGUUGUUACAAAGAUAAAGAAAAUGAAAAAUGCACAUUAACAGUAUCAUGGGAGCCACUAAGGUUUCCAUUUUACCUGAUUAAGGUCCAAUAAAGAGCUGAUGCCUGGAAACGGUUCCUUAAUGCAAUAAAUUGGCCACAACUAGAAUCCUGUAGUGUGCAGAACUCAGAGUUUUUUUUUUGUUUCUCCACUGUGGGACAUAAAAAAACCUUUCCAGAAAUGGAUGUUCAUGUUUUUAUUGCAGUACUUAUAGCUAAUUUUACAAAAUGCAUUCAGACCAUUUGUUUAUGCAUUAUUCAGCAAAUUCCAGAAAACAUCUCUAAAAGAGGAGAGAUAUUUCCUUCUUGAUUAUUUUUGUUUUUUAAAGUUAUUACCUCCAAAUAAUAAAUGUAAAAUUAUUAUUAUCAAAUAACAAACUCAAUUUAAUUGGAUUUUCCAUCUAAAACUGGAACAACAGGAAUCAGUUAUCAGAAGACAAACAGUUUAAAACAUGGAGCCGUUUUCCUCUCCUUUCCCUCAAUCUGCCCCGGUGUGACAUGCAUCUGCUUUAAAUGCCCCAUGGGUGCAGAUACUUACCCCCUCUGCAUGAACCAGCAGAUGGAGUUAAGUGAAAGAUAUUUGAAAGCUGUAUUUAAAGCAGGUUUGAGGAUUUCAUUCUCUUCAUCUUCACAUUUCAAAGGCCUCUGGAUCUGUGUUCACUCCUAUCUUUGAAAAAUGCUAAAUUUCUCCUUUUUGAAGUGAAGAUGAAACAUUUAAUUGUGAUCAAAAUCCAGAUUCUCAUUGCGAGGCCACUUUGAUGCUUCAUGGGGUGAAAGUUUCAUCGAUCCUCCUGGAGUAAUGACUGUAAGUUCAGGCUGAUGGAGACUUUAUGAAAGGAUUUGUGUUUGUGUCAUUCACCUCGCUCUCGUGUUUUCUGUUUCAUCACACGUUCAGAAAGCUCCUCGGAGCAGAAGUGCUGAUCCGUGCUCCGGCGGAGGGAGAUUUAAUAAAAUGCUCUUUCAGCCAUGAUUCCCUCUAAUGUUAAUCUGUUAUUCUCUGAAAUUCCAAAGAAUAAUAAUAAUAAUAAUAAUAAAAGGGAAUCAAUGUCUGCAGCAAGUGGCAGUUUGCUAAUACCUUUGAACCAAACAGGAAAUUACUCAGAGAUCAGUUACCUUCUCUCCACUGGAGCUUGAAUCAACAGCCUUUUCUGAUUCAUGACAGAUAAUUGGCGAAACUAAUUGCCAGGCGCUUAUCUUUGUGAGAGUGAGCUUAUUCUGGCGCAGAGUGUUUUGUAGUAAUUUCCUUUUCCGAGUAAUGAACACAUAAAGCGACGCCACGCCUCCCCCUGAUUGAUCCCUCGGCUUGAAACUCGUUUCUAACCUCACCUUCAUCCUCCCAGCACCACAGAAUGUUUUUAUACGAUAAAACUAGAACCUGAAAUUAUUUUGAUAGAAUUUGUGUUUGAAACAAUGAUGUCAUCCCAAUAUUUUGUAGAGAAGCACCACACGUUUUAAUGAAUGACCGUUUCAGUGUUUUUGUAGCAAUGCAUUUAAACUCUAGCUGUGUUUAAUAUUCCUUCUUACUCGAAUAUUAUAGCCACAACCUGCUGUCCUGUGUGUUUGUAACAGUUAGUGUAGGUGCAGCAUGCCGGCCUGUAGAUUACUUGUGGGACGAAAGGCCAGAAAGCAAAUAAUGAUCACAUGAAUUGCAUCGUUUUUCUGUGGCUCUGGUUUCCCAUCAGCCUCCUGAAAAUCACCUGAUCACUGCUGGGACUCAGCAGCAGUAAAACUGGAGGAUCGUAUUUCUCAUUUUGCAUAAAGUAGAUAUUAAACUACUUGUUUUGGUUGUAAAACAUUUUUUUCCCCAAUCGCUGCUGUUCCAGCUGAAAUGAGUGAUAAUUAUAUGGAAUCUGAAAACAGAA